AUGCCGGAGCCAGCCAAGUCAGCGCCCAAGAAAGGGUCCAAAAAAGCCGUGACCAAGACGGCUGGAAAGGGAGGCAAGAAACGCAAGAGGACCAGGAAGGAGAGCUACGCUAUCUACGUGUACAAGGUGCUGAAGCAGGUCCACCCCGACACUGGUAUCUCCUCAAAGGCAAUGGGAAUCAUGAAUUCCUUUGUUAAUGACAUUUUCGAGCGUAUCGCUGGAGAGGCAUCUCGCCUGGCGCACUACAACAAGCGCUCCACCAUCACCUCCAGGGAGAUUCAGACUGCCGUGCGUCUGCUGCUCCCCGGUGAGUUGGCCAAGCACGCCGUGUCUGAGGGUACCAAGGCCGUCACCAAGUACACCAGCUCCAAGUAAACUUCAACAAAGAAGCACUUCGAACCCAAAGGCUCUUUUAAGA